CAUUUGUUAAAGUUUAGGAGGUAAAUUGAAAAUCCUUAUCCCUCGCUCUCGCUUCUUCCUGCCCACUCAACUCGCCCGCCGUCUCAAAACCUGUAGCUUUUGGAGAAUGUUGCAGCACGCCGCUGCUCCAGUUCCUCCGCCUUUCAGGCUCAGACCGUCGACAAAACAAUUAGACCCGGUUCAGAUUCCGGCUCCAAAGAUACGAACCCACCUCGCUGCCGCCGGCUCCUCCUCCUCCUCCUCUUCCCUGCCCGUCGCCAGUAGCUCCUUCCAAGACGCAGCACUGCUCUUCCUCCUCCGCCAGCGUAAGACCGAAGAGGCAUACCAGGUGUACGCCAGCAGCCCCGUCCUCCCCGGCCCCACCUGCCUCAGCCGCCUCCUCGCCCAGCUCUCGUACCAGAACACCCCCACCGCCCUCACCCGCGCCCGCGCGCUCGUCCGCCGCCUACGCGACGAGGGCAAGCUCCACUGCCUCGACGCCAACUCCCUCGGUCUCCUCGCCGUCUCCGCCGCCAGGUCCGGCUCUACCGCCUACGCCCUUGCCCUCCUCCGCACCAUGCUCCGCUCCGGAUACCUCCCCCACGUCAAAGCCUGGAGCGCCGUCGUCAGCCGCCUCUCCGCCUCCGAGGAUGGCCCCGCCGAGGCCCUCAGCCUCUUCGACUCCGUCCUCCGCCGCCUGCGCCGCGUCCCUGCCAUCACCGCCGCCGACGCCCGCCCCGACGCUGCCGCCUUCAACGCCGCCCUCAACGCCUGCGCCAACCUGGGCGACGUCCGCAGGUUCGCUCACCUGUUCAACGAAAUGCCGCAGUACCAAGUCGCCCCCGACGUGCUCACCCACAACGUCCUCAUCAAGAUGUGCGCUAGGGCGGGCCGCAAGGACCUCCUCGUCUUCGCUCUCCGGCGCAUCAUCGCUGCCGACCUCGUCCCCUGCAUCACCACCCUGCACUCCCUCGUCGCCGCCUACGUGGGCUUCGACGACCUGGUAACCGCUGAGAAGUUAGUACAAGCAAUGAGGGACGGCCGACGAGACCUCUGCUCCAUCCUCAUGCACCCACCAGCACACGACUCCUCCAUCGGCAGACGCGACGAGGAAGCUGACGCCCUGCUCGAAAAGCUAGUGAUGUAUCACCAUUCGACUGAGGAAGAAGGCGACCAGCCGCUGCUGCCGAAGACCUACAAGCCCGACACCAGAAUGUACACGACAUUGAUGAAGGGAUACAUGAAAGAAGGCCGAGUGGAGGACGUAGUGCGCAUGAUCCGAGCAAUGCAGCAGGAAGAAGACCCUGCAAGCCAUCCCGACCAUGUCACCUACACCACCGUCAUCACCACCCUCAUCAAAGCCGGCGAAAUGGACCGCGCGCGGAGUGUUCUCGCGGAGAUGGCGCGCGCAGGAGUGCCUGCUAACCUAGUCACCUACAAUGUGCUCCUCAAAGGCUACUGCCAGCAGCUGCAGCUCGACAAGGCAAAGGAGCUCAUUCGCGAGAUCCCAGAGCAGGCGGGCAUCGAACCCAACGUCGUCUCCUACAACAUCUUGAUCGACGGGUGCAUACUCAUCGACGACAGUGCUGGAGCUUUGGCCUACUUCAAUGAGAUGCGCGCGCAGGGGAUCGCCCCGUCCAAGGUCAGCUACACCACUCUGAUGAAAGCUUUUGCUUUGUCCGGCCAGCCGAAGCUUGCUCACAAGGUGUUCGACGAGAUGGAGAAGGACCCGAGGGUGAAGCUGGACAGGGUGGCCUAUAACAUGUUAACUGAAGGAUAUUGCAGACUGGGGCUGUUAGAAGAAGGUAAGAAAAUUGUUGAGAAGAUGAGGCAGAAUGGUUUCGAACCUGAUGUAGCAACCUAUGGAUGCCUUGCCAAUGGGAUAGCACUGGCAAGAAAGCCAGGGGAGGCCCUUCUGUUGUGGAAUGAGGUGAAGGAGAGGUGCGCCUCAUUGCCGCCACUUCGGCCCGACGAAGGAUUGCUCGAUGCCUUGGCUGAUGUUUGUGUCAGGGCAGCCUUCUUCAAGAAGGCACUGGAGAUUGUAGCUUGCAUGGAGGAGAAUGGCAUAUCCCCAAACAAGACCAAGUACAAGAGGAUCUAUGUGGAGAUGCAUUCAAGGAUGUUUACUAGUAAGCACGCAUCGCAGGCGAGGCAGGAUCGGAGAAAAGGGAGGAAGAGGGCGGCUGAGGCUUUCAAGUUCUGGCUUGGACUUCCCAACUCCUACUAUGGCAGUGAGUGGAGGCUUGAGCCAUCUAUCGUGGAGGAUGAAUACGGAGACAUCUAGUUGCUCUGCUCCAAUGUGGUUUCACUGCAGAAAGCUUAGUAUCAAAACAUCAGAUUACUCACUUGAAAGGUUUAGCUGUUGAACAAACAUAUGAAAGGGAAAAAUGACUAGAUAGGGAACCAAUUAUCCAUACGAUAGAUGCUGAUUCAGUACAUUCAUAUACAUAUACAUCGCUAUAGCUGAAUUCAUAGAAAAGUUCAUCAAAGGAAGUCACCUGGCAAAACGUAUUCGAGUAUGAAUCUUGCUGUAUGUUGUGUUUAUAAGCUGAAAUGGCAUUAGAAAUAAAAAGGUAAUGAGCCAUAAUCUCUGUUGAUUCA